AUGGAGGCUCUAAAUGAUGGUGCAGGGAAAAAGCCAGUCGAGGAUGUACUGUUGCAGGGUAAGGAUAAGCUAAAAGAAUUACUUGAAGACACCAUUAGUUCAAGAAUCAAGGAUAUACAGGGUGAUCCAGAUAAGAAGAAAAAGGUCGAGAACCGUAAAGUCAGGAGAAGGGUGAGGACUGAAGAUGCACUGUACAAAGCAGACGACUUGAUGGACGAGGUCUUGAGUGAGGCUGCCAAACCGGACCUCAACUCAAAACAACUAGUUUCCUUGGCGAAGAAGCUACGUGAAACAAUAAAAGAUGUCGUAGAUGCUGCAGCUGGAGAUAAUGUUAGGCCUGAUGAGCCUCAUAAAUUUUGCUUCCGCAGGCCUCGUAAAGUUAGCACUAAGGAGUUGGACCCCACAGUGAAUAGGCUCAAUUCAGAUAGUUGGUUGGACAAACAUAAAAAGGAUAUUCAAGAACAACUUUGGAAGGACAUAACAACAAAUGGAGAAGAGCAUGUGGCGGUUGUGGCCAUAGUAGGUAAUGGAGGAUUAGGAAAAACCACACUUGCUCUGAACUUGUUUCAACGGCUAAUAUCUCAGAAGGAUACCGACUUUGAUUUGCGAAUUUGGGUUAACGUCCCUCAUGAAUUUAACAAGGGAUCACUUGAGGAGGGAAUCUUCCCUCAUGAACUUUACAUGAGAUCACUUGUUGACGGAAUCAUUCGGUAUACAACUAAAAAAGAUGUUCAGGACGAACGACUUGAGUCUAGAACAAAGAGACUACCACAGUGCACACCAUCUGAGGGACCUAGCGCCUUCCAUGAAGUGAACAGUCUUAGCGUUGAACAACUUCACAAGGAGGACUCUGCAGCCUUGUUAGAGACUGAGAUAAGCGCCAUAAAAGAUAGCCUCAACUACCUCGAAGAAGGUAAAUUGCAUGACAAGCUUCAAAACAUAAUAAAUGGAAAACGGCUGCUUCUUGUACUUGAUGAUGUCUUGGAUAUGGACACUGAAAAAUGGCUACACUUCAAAAACUUGUUAUCAAAUGCUGUUAGUGAUGGGAGCAGAAUAAUAAUAACUACUUGUAGUAAACUUGUUGGAGACAUUACUGCAAGUACAGACAAGAAUGUCCAUAUGCUACGCCAUCUAGAUGAACAUGACCCUUGCGACCUAUUCCAACGAUUUGCAUUUGAUUUUCAAAAGCCAGUCAACUCAAAAAUUGUGGAGGUUGCAGUGGAGAUUGUGAAAAGGUGUGGAGGAAACCCUUUUGCCUUAAAGAUAGUAGGUGAGAAACUCAAGUCCACAAAUCUAGAAACCCAAGGUUGGUCCAACUUCCGCGAUAACGAAUUUCAAAAAGUAGUAAAUGAAGAAAUCUUGCCCUUCCUUCAACUUAGUUAUAAUAUUCUAUCUUCGGAGUUGAAACAAUGCUUUGCCUACUGUGGUAUAUUCCUUCAACAAUCUGAGAUUGAUGUGAAAAACUUAAUACAUCUUUGGAUGGCACUAGGGUUGAUUUAUCCAGAGCAAGGACAACGAAUGGAGGAUAGGGGUUAUGCUCAUGUUAAGGAGUUGUGUCAGAGAUCCAUGUUUGAAGAAUUGGAAGUAGACCAUGAGAAUAGCUUUGUAACAAAGUGCAAGAUGCCAAAGCUUAUGCAUGACCUAGCAGUACUUGCAUUAGGAACAAGGUUAGCCACAUUCAAGCAAAAGGAAAAGCUUGAAACUGGUACUGAUGAAAGAAGUACUCAAAAGGAUAAGAGUGAUGUUGGUGUUCAUGGUGAAAGAACUCUACAGAAUAAGCAUGAUAUCGAUGAUGAAACAACACAAAAGGAUAAGUGUGCUAUUGGGAUCAAAGUCGUGCUGGAGUCCAAUGAUAAGAUGAAGCAUCUAAAAUACCUUGAUCUUUCUCAAAACAAAGGUAUCAAUUUAUUGCCUGAUUCAAUCACCAAGGUACCGAAUUUGAUGACACUGAAACUCUCCUCAUGCUGUGGACUCAAAGAGCUGCCAAAAGAUAUGGAGAAACUAGUCAACCUCAAACAUCUUGAGAUCGAUUGGAGCAAUGGAGAGAGUAGAGUACUAACGCCAACAGUACCAAAAUGUUUGUAUAGAAAGGGCAAUACUUUGGAGUCUCUAGACGAAUUAGAGGAGCUGAACAACUUGAGAGGAGAGCUGAAAAUCAGAAAUUUGAGAAAUGUUAAUGUUGACUAUUCUAAGGUUACAAAUUUGGAGGGGAAACAACACCUUAAAUCUUUAACAUUAGCUUGGGAAUUUGAUCUCAAUGCCGAUGACCAAGCAGUAAAGGACAAGGCUCAAGAUACACAACAAGGUCUGAAGCUGAACUCAAAACUUAAAGAAUUGGGUUUAUUCGGCUACAGGGGUGACAAGCUUUCAGAUUGGCUUCUCUCUCUCACAAAUCUGUAUAUCUCCAACAAGUCUGGUGAUCACAAUUCUGAGAGCAAUCCCUCAUCGUCAACAGAAUUCAUCAAAAAACUGGAAGAGGUAAGGUUUAUAGAAUUGCCUAAUCUAGAGAGAUGGUGGGAAGAACGUGAUGCUUCUUUGGCAUUUCCUCAUCUUUCCAGAUUGAUGAUCGAAGAUUGCCCUAAGUUGUGUUCCAUGCCGCUCUACCCGAAUUUAAAGGAAUGGUUAGUGUUGAAGAACACUAGCUUGGUGCCAUUCAUAAAUACAAUGAAAGAUGAAAGCUCUGUCAAACGGACAUUAAUGAAUGAUGGAAGCUCCUCCACUCCCCUGUCCAAUUUGCAAAGUCUGUGCAUUACUGGGGAUAAGGACAUGGGCUCUGAAUAUAAUUAG